AUGGAGAUCGCCUUGCUGAGGUUGGAGGAGGGCGAGGAGGCGGCGGCGGCGGCGGGCGGCAGGUGUGCGGGCAGCGGCGGAGGAGGAGGGAUCUGGUGGGAGCAGGAGGGCGGCAUGGGCGAGCCAGCGGCUGGGGCCGGGGCUGGGGGGCGGCCGGACGAGUGCGGCGAGCGGGUGGUGAUUAACGUGGCGGGGCUGCGCUACGAGACCCGGCUCGCCACCCUCAGCCAGUUCCCGGACAGCCUCCUGGGCGACCCGCUGCAGCGGCUGCGCUACUUCGACCCGCUGCGCAACGAGUACUUCUUCGACCGCAGCCGCCCCUGCUUCGACGGCAUCCUCUACUUCUACCAGUCGGGCGGCCGAGUCCGCAGACCCGUCAACGUCUCCAUCGACAUGUUCGCCGACGAGAUCCGCUUCUACCGCCUGGGUCCCGAGGCCAUGGAGCGCUUCGGGGAGGACGAGGGCUUCAUCAAGGAGAAGGAGCGGCAGCUUCCUCGCCGCGAGUUCCAGAAGCAGUUGUGGCUCCUGUUCGAGUAUCCCGAGAGCUCCAACCCGGCCCGCUGCAUAGCCAUCGUGUCCGUGUUGGUCAUCGUCAUCUCCAUCAUCAUCUUCUGCCUGGAGACCCUGCCCGAGUUCCGCGACGACCGGUACAACAGCUUCAACCGCACGACCAACGGCACCAGGGGCUCGACGGGGAACAGCCUCAGCGACCCCUUCUUCAUCGUGGAGACCACCUGCGUGGUGUGGUUCACCCUGGAGCUGCUGGUGCGCUUCUUCUCCUGCCCCAGCAAGCCGGUCUUCGCCAGGGACAUCAUGAACAUCAUUGACAUCGUGGCCAUCAUCCCCUACUUCAUCACCCUGGGCACCGAGAUGGCUGAGCAACAAGCCAACGGGCAACAAGCCAACGGGCAACAAGCCAUGUCCUUGGCCAUCCUCAGGGUCAUCCGGCUGGUCCGCGUCUUCCGCAUCUUCAAGCUCUCCAGGCACUCCAAGGGUCUCCAGAUCCUGGGCCAGACCCUCAAGGCCAGCAUGAGGGAGCUGGGUCUUCUCAUCUUCUUCCUCUUCAUCGGGGUAAUCCUCUUCUCCAGCGCUGUCUACUUCGCCGAGGCCGAUGACCCCAGGUCCAAUUUCUCCAGCAUCCCCGACGCCUUCUGGUGGGCAGUGGUCACCAUGACCACCGUGGGCUAUGGGGACAUGAAGCCCAUCACCGUGGCGGGCAAAAUCGUGGGGUCCCUGUGCGCCAUCGCCGGGGUGUUGACCAUCGCGCUGCCCGUGCCCGUCAUCGUGUCCAACUUCAACUACUUCUACCACCGGGAGAACGACAAUGAAGAACAAGCCAAGUACCUUAUCGACAAAGUCGAAGUUGAGAGCAGCAUCUCAGAAGAUCUGAAGAAGAGCAGAAACUCCAUUGGCAACCAUUUAGAGAACAGCGAUGGGGUGAAUCAUGGCACAGGGACACACUGCAAAGCCAACAGCACCUUGGACAUCAGGAAGUCAUUGUACGCACUUUGUAUGGUUCCCAACACUGAAACAGACUUGUAGUCACAGCAGAUUGUUUGAACAUUACAGAUUAGUUUUAUCCAUAGAAGGACUUAUUUUGAAUUAAAGACAUAUCAUUUGUACAAACUACAAAAGUUAGGUUAGUUGGGUCGGAAGAGAAACUAAUUUUAUACAACAUACUUUAUUCUACAAAAGAAAAUAUCAAGAAGAUUGGGUGUAUGUCUUGGCACUACAGCCUUAACUUGGGGGGAAGAGAUUGAUGGCCAGCUAUUUUCUCCAGGAGCCCAUCAAUAUUUGAAUAUUUAACAGUUCUGUGUUGCAUUUGCAGUGUCUUCAAAUAAUAGAAAGCAAACGUGGUCUUCAAAUUCCAUAAGUAUUUUUUGAUUUGUUAUUUCAGAAGGGAAGUGCGUGAAGUACUUUGUUUAACUUUGCAGUGAAGACAGAGGCUGUGGACUGUUUGUAUUUGGGUUUUCUGCUUUAUGUCCUCAAAGUAUUCAAAACAAUGUAGCAGGUGAAAGGGGAAGCUAGAAGAUGGCGAAAUGCAGGGUGAUACAUGCAGUGAAAGGGUUUUGCAGUAGUGUUUCUAUUGUUUGUUUGUGAGCAACCGUUCUAGAAUUGAGCAGGGAAACAAUCUAGGUGUUCGUUUUAUGAAUCUGUUGGUAACGAAAACAAAAAACGGGUUACGGAUUUGGUCGAUGUUACAGCAUAUACAUCUAUUUACAAUAUAUUUUUUCAAACAAAGUAUAAAAUAUUCAUGCAUUAAUCACUGAACAGAAUAUUUAGAUAAUCAUUUUGCUCCAGUGUACUGGAAACUGAGACCAGCAAAUUUAGCUUUUUGUUCAGAAUAUACUUAAUCGGCGAAGCGCUAGACUGUCUUGUUCCUGGUAGAGUUGGAAAACAGUUUGUGGAAAUACAAACCAAUUUUAUGUGCUGCCCCCACGGAAUUCAAUGGACGAUGUCCAUCCUACACAUUUGUACAAAGACCUAAAUGAACGCACUUUUACAUUACUGCUGUAAGAAACUAAUUUUAAGUCCGCCUAUUCAUCCUGAACAUUAAAUCAGAAAACUGGCUACAACAAAUGAAGCUUGAGAUAACUGUUGAAUGAAAACAGUUGUCACAAAAAAAUGCAUUGAAUAAAGAAAAAAACUAAAAAUUACCAUUUCAUCGUUGAACUGGAAUGCUCCUUUUAGAUAAUCUCAGCAAAAUAUUCUGGAUUGGUAUUUACUGGGUCUCCUCAUUUACCUUUUGAAAAUGCAUUGAGAAAGUUGAUUUUUGGACCACAUGGUAAAUCAGGGACUUCAGAC